CCUUCUUCUUCGUCUCGUCGCACUCUUUUAAGGUUCAAAGAGGAUAGCUCAGUAGUAACCGGCAGCACCUGUUCAGGUUUGCCGCCUGCUUCCAAGAAAGAGAUGCGCCAGGCUUCUAGCGUAGAAAGAUUUUUUUGGUUCUUCUAAUUCUUGUACACGUGGAGCUUUGACGGCGCCUACAGGUUGUUGAUCUCGAAGGGUAUGGACUUCAUUUUUCAGCGACCUAAAGGGAGAUCGGAUGGGCAGCCGGCCAACGAUAUUUUGACACGCACCGCGGAGCACGUGUUGGCCCUUUGCAGUCUUAUGAAAACUCCGGCAACGGAGCAGAGCCGCUUGUUAUGA